CAGCGGAACCGCGCUAUAUGAGGAAAAAGGCAGCAAGCAUCAGGACCAGUUGGGCGUCAGUCACCGUUCAACCUUAGCAGCGCGCAAAAGGCAGACUCACUCCCCGGCUCUCGUUUUCCGCUUUAAAGAAGGCAACACAUGUGAGUUUGUUUCUGCUGCUACAGGGACAGGACUUAAAUGUGGAAACGCAGGUAAAGGGAGUCUAAGCCCUCAGUAAGGAGGAAAGGAGCUUCCCUUCACCGCUACCACCUUUUCCUCCUGCUCGGACCUCUGAUCUCUUCUAGUGACACAAGUUUCUCACACAAAAAGGGAUGCUGCAUGUUCCCGAGCCGCACUUGCACUCAGAGGGAACCUAAACGUGGGCUGGAGCGGAAUUUCACUUCGUCUAAUGCAAGCGCACGAAAACGGACACUUUUAGUGACUGGAAGAUCAGCGCAGUCCAUAAAAUGAUCCUAAUCGGUGGCGUGAUAUCAUGUCGCAUCCCAUCUGAUGUUUGACAUAUUUGUGGAGCGACUAAAGAAACUGGAGGAGGACAUUACAAAGUCAGAGAAUUCACCCCAAGCCCCGCUGGCAUCUUUUUAGUGGAGUUCGAGCAACAGAUAGCCGUCCAGAUGCAGUUUCGACUCUUCUCAUUUGCCCUGAUUGUAUUGAACUGUAUGGAGUACAGCAACUGUCAGGCGCCGUCGCAUCGCUGGAGGAGAAACAAAAGAGCUAGCUAUGGAGCGUACCCCAUCUGUAAAGGCUGCUCAGUGUGCUCCAGGGACAACGGCUGUGUAAACUGCCAGCCCAAACUCUUCCUCUUUCUGCGAAGAGAAAGGAUGAGGCAGUACGGGGAGUGUCUUCAUGACUGUCCAGCCGGAUACUUUGGCAUGCGCAGCCCUGAACUCAACAUGUGCUCCAGGUGCAGGAUAGAGAACUGCGAGUCCUGCUUCAGUAAAGAAUUCUGCACCAAGUGCAAGUCAGGUUUUUACCUACACAAAGGGCACUGCUUUGAUAAGUGCCCCGAGGGCUUUGCCCCACUGGAAGACACUAUGGAGUGUGGAGAGGGCUGCGAGGUAGGCCAGUGGAGUGAAUGGGGAUCCUGCACCAGGAGAAACAAAACCUGUGGCUAUAAGUGGGGUUUGGAGACCCGGACGCGGCACAUUGUAAAGAAACCGCCCAAGGACACAAUACCCUGUCCCACCAUUGCUGAGUCCAGGAUGUGCAAAAUGGCCAUGAGGCACUGCAGAAGAGAUUCUGCUGCCCUCUGGAGUACACAAACCUCUUCUCGGCAAGGUGGUUCGGGAAAGCACCGAUCCAAAGACCCAAAGAAGAAGAACAAGCAGAGACUGCGGUUUCGGGCCCAGAACCAGCACAGCGACCACUUGGCCUCUGCGCGUUCCAGCCAGUGAGGACUUAAACCAUCCAACAAAGAACCAAUGCAAGGCUACUAGCUGCUGCUGCACCUAUAUUCUGACCGACUAUCCUAGACCACUCCACCUCCCCACCUGACUCCCGGCCCUCCCCCACCUCCCACCCACACCCACCAUGACACAGCCAUGACUCACCAAAUUCAGAUAUAUACAUUUAACAUACAAUAUAAGUAUCAACACACUAAACACAUGCUUCAUGCCUCUGCCUCCUGCUGCUUCUCCCCCUGCUGCAGUGACCAGCCAGGUGACUCUGUUCGCCCAGCCCCACCCUUUGCCUUGCCUUGUGGACCUUUACAGUUGACAUUAAUGAACUCAUUUACCAUUGUUAACAACGUCAUUAACCAUCUGGGGUUGAUGGAAAACUGAGGGGCAGCCAGAGACUGUGGAGGCGGGAGAGCCGAAACAGAGGGAGGUGGAUAGCAGAGGUAGUGAGGAAGUUGGCAAGCUAAAAUGCUCAUAAAAGGGUUGGGGGGUGGGGGUGUUCGAACCAAGGAGGAUGGAAAAAAAGGAUGGAGGAUGAAGAGGCAGAAGAGAAUUGGCUGAAGCAAAUGAUGCUGAUGGACAUGAAAAUGACAUCUUGAAAUGAAAGAGACUGUUUUUUGUUCCUAUAUUUAUGUCAAAGCUACCCUCACCUUCACUCUAAAUGGAGAUGCAGUGUUCCCAUGUGUGGCCUUUAUGUUAUGUACAUUUUUGAGAGUGAUAUUAAUUAAAGAAAUGACCAUGCAUUGUUGCAAAGUAUUUUAUUCUCAGCACAAACUGUUUACGUUCAGACCGCUUUAUGCUCUAACUGUAUAGUGUGGAUUAAAAAGAGAUUAAAUUUAGUUGUUCUAAUAGCAUGGCAACAGACUCAUGUGUACAUAGUUUAUCUAAUUAUGAAAGCUUAUUACUGUAUUUUCAGUAUUGACUCGUUCACCGUUCUAAAUGUUUUAGAGAUAAAAAAAAAAGUUGUAACACCAAGCUACAGAUUAAAAUGAUUAAAAACAAAUAAUAAA